UAAGAUGUAGCCCGGUGAACAUCCGAAGACCCAGAGCGUGAGGUCUCUUCUGUGGCAGGAUAAAUGUCAUUUCCCAAAUAGUUCUGAAUAAAAAACGCUACAUUUUGGGGGAUUAACGUGCACUUGUUUUGGAUGGAAGGCGGAGGAGGGGUUUCCUCAAUUUGUUUCAGCCUGUGUUAUAAUUGUUGGACCUCAAUUAACCCGAGUUUUGUGGAGUAGAAAGUGCGCCAGUCUUAUUUUUUUAUUCUAAGGCUCCUUCCCAGCGCGGAAGCGAGCGGAUUUCCUCGGUUGGAGAUGUGUCUGUGCUUUUGGGAGGAAUGGACAUUUUCCUAACGGGACGCAGCGCACAGAGGAGUAUUUCCUGAGGUGGAAAAGCGGCGGAUGGAAUGCAUCAAUAACGAGGACAAGCUGUGGACUUCAGUCUCCGACUAAAACCAACGCACCACUACUCUUGACUCUUUACUUUUUGAUUCUCUCAAAAUCCUUGAAGCCGUCACCACUGAAUGGCCACUCUACCCUUGGUGAAGUCGUGCUUGAGGAUGAAAGUGCUCUUUUUUAUUGCCGAGGUUGUUGACAGGACCUUUCUGAGGACAACUUCCAAUGACGUGAGGAAUAUUUAUACCAUUUUUGCCUCACCAAGUAAGAAGAUGGAAUGAUGGCUGCUACUUUUCAUCCGGAUGGUUUAUACAGUCUGGGCUUUAAAAAGAGUCAUUAGCAAUUACAACCCGCAACAUCUCAGGAGUUUACAACCUUCUGUUUGUUUGUGGAUAUGGUUUUAAUGUCAUUGUGCGUUCUGUUUGCUUCUACUUAGUAUUAGCGAGCGAUAGUGACAAAGGAACCCUAUCCUAUAAGGACAAGAGACAACACAGCAAACCAGUGGCAUCAAGGAGUAUCGGCCAUGUCCCAGUGGAGGCAGCAAUCAAGGACUGUUUGUCAUUUCCUUCAAAACAUGAAGACUGGCAACAAGAGGAUGGGGACCGCACAACUGGGAGGAUCACUGAACUUGGGCUGGUGGGUGUUGAUGCUGAUAUGGCAGGGACUACUGUUUUUGCAUACGUGCCCAGUGACUGUGCUGGCUCAGAAACUGGACGAAAAUGACCCAGUGGUCACCACUGCAAACGGCAAGCUCCGCGGCAUCAAGAAGGAGCUCAACAACGAGAUCCUGGGCCCCGUCAUACAGUUCCUGGGCGUCCCGUACGCCGCUCCGCCCACAGGCGAGCGGCGCUUCCAACCCCCCGACCCGCCAACAUCGUGGCCAGACAUCCGCAAUGCUACACACUUUGCCCCGGUGUGUCCUCAGAGCAUUGUGGAGGGUCGUCUGCCGGACGUCAUGCUUCCAGUGUGGUUUACAAAUAGCAUUGACGUGGUGUCCACUUAUGUCCAGGACCAGAGCGAGGACUGCCUCUAUCUCAACAUCUAUGUCCCCACUGAGGAUGUCAAAAGAAUAUCCAAGGAAUGUGCGAGGAAACCGGGCAAGAAAAUAUGUAGACAAGGAGGUCCCCUUACAAAGAAACACACUGAUGAUUUAGGUGAUAGUGAUCGCACGGAUGAUGAAGACAUUAGGGAGAGUGGAAGCCCCAAGCCAGUGAUGGUUUUUAUACACGGCGGCUCCUACAUGGAGGGAUCUGGAAACAUGUUUGACGGCAGUAUCCUGGCCAGCUAUGGGAAUGUGAUUGUUAUAACUCUCAACUACCGCCUGGGUGUCCUAGGUUUCCUGAGCACUGGUGACCAAGCAGCUAAAGGAAAUUACGGUUUGCUGGACCUGAUUCAGGCUCUGCGUUGGACCAGUGAGAACAUAGCAGCCUUUGGUGGUGACCCACUGCGCAUCACUGUGUUUGGCUCCGGUGCUGGAGCUUCCUGUGUGAACCUCCUCACACUGUCUCACUACUCUGAGGGAAACCGCUGGAGCAACUCCACCAAAGGUCUGUUCCAGAGGGCCAUUGCCCAGAGUGGCACAGCACUGUCCAGUUGGGCUGUCAGUUUUCAGCCGGCCAAGUACACCCGGAUGUUGGCCCGUAAGGUGGGCUGCAACCUGGAGGACACGGUGGAGCUGGUGGCAUGUCUGCAGAAAAAACAUUACAAAGAGCUGGUGGAUCAAGACAUCCAGCCAGCCCGCUACCACAUCGCAUUUGGCCCAGUUAUCGAUGGAGACGUUAUACCAGACGAUCCUCAGAUACUGAUGGAACAAGGUGAAUUCCUCAACUAUGACAUCAUGCUGGGAGUUAACCAGGGAGAAGGCCUGAAGUUUGUGGAGCUCAUCGUCGACAAUGACAACGGCGUCCAGGCCAACGACUUUGACUACGCCGUGUCUAGUUUUGUGGACGACCUGUAUGGCUACCCGGAGGGUAAAGACAUCCUCAGAGAGACCAUCAAGUUCAUGUACACCGACUGGGCCGACAGGCACAACCCAGAAACGCGCCGGAAGACACUACUGGCCCUUUUCACGGAUCACCAGUGGGUGGCACCGGCCGUAGCAACAGCCGAUCUACACUCCAGUUUCGGGUCACCAACCUACUUCUACGCCUUUUACCAUCACUGCCAGACAGAGCAAGUACCACCGUGGGCAGAUGCAGCGCAUGGAGAUGAGAUCCCGUACGUGUUUGGGCUGCCAAUGAUCGGACCAACAGAACUGUUUCCAUGUAACUUCUCCAAGAAUGAUGUGAUGCUCAGUGCCGUGGUCAUGACCUACUGGACAAAUUUUGCCAAGACAGGGGACCCGAACCAGCCUGUCCCCCAGGACACCAAGUUCAUCCACACAAAGCCCAAUCGGUUCGAGGAAGUGGCAUGGACACGCUACAACCAGAAAGACCAGCUUUAUCUGCACAUCGGCCUUAAGCCGCGGGUCAAAGAGCACUAUCGGGCCAACAAGGUGAACUUGUGGCUGGAGUUGGUUCCUCAUCUACACAGCCUGAAUGAAGUCACGCAGCUCAUCCCUACCACCACUAAAAUACCUCCACCAGAAGCUACCAACCGCACACCCAAAACCAAAGUUCUGGUGACCAAGCACCCCAACCCCACUCCGUUCCCCACCGACACCCAGGACAGCCACAACCAACCUCACCUGGUGGAGCAACGCGACUACUCCACGGAACUGUCGGUGACGAUCGCCGUGGGAGCGUCCCUGCUCUUCCUCAACAUCCUGGCCUUCGCAGCUCUUUACUACAAAAAGGACAAGCGGCGGCACGAUGUCCACAGGCGCUGCAGCCCCCAGCGGAGCGCUGCCAACGACCUGGCCCACACGCAGGAGGAGGAAAUCAUGUCUCUGCAGAUGAAGCAGCACUCGGACCUGGACCGGGACUGCAGGGGCGUAGGCGACGCUUUGCAUCCGCAUGACAUGGUGAUGAGGACUGCCUGCCCGCCGGACUACACACUGGCCAUGAGGCGCUCGCCGGAUGACAUCCCACUCAUGACACCCAACACCAUAACCAUGAUCCCCAGCAGCAUGGGGGGUCUCACCUCACUCCACUCAUUCAACACCUUCCCCAGCAGCGGGCAGAACAAUACCUUGCCUCAUCCACACCCACACUCACACUCAACUACGCGGGUAUAGCCCCAUGGACGUACCCGUGCAGGCCAGACUCUGAUGACUGAGGUAAAAGCUAACAGCGCCGCAGCAGCAGAGACGUGAGGCCAACUCAACGACAAACUAGACAUGUCGGGAGUUGUAACGCCAGCCUGGAGUUGCCACCCAACCCAUAACGUUACACUGGGAUUGUAAUCCACGCUGUUUAUACCUAAUGGGAACAUAAUAAAAGCUUUCAGAUGGUUUGGACCAGAAGCUCAAUAAAAUAAUUAUGUUUUUUUGUACAAAAAUAAUAAUAAUACAUGGAGAACAAAUACACAGAGUUGGAAAAAACCACCUCUCCCAAGCUAAACAAGGAGGAGGAUUUUUUUAAAUCUUUAUUAUUAUUAUUUUGGUUCUGAUAUUGCAAAACAAGGUACAGUGAAAUAUUUUUUCUCCCUAGUGACAGUUAUGGCCAUUGGGAUCUUUUGACAAAUGACGGCCUGACAGUGUUAUCUGCAAGCAGAGCAAAGGAUCAGACGAGCCUCGGAGGGGAAAAAAGAGAACUAUGGAAACAAAAGGAAACGUAUUGUUUUUCUCUGGAAUCAUACUGCAGAAAUAUUGUUUAUGGGACACAAAGUGGAUGCAGUGCAAACCAAUCUAGGCUUGUCUAAACAUUGUAAAUGGAGGCUAUUUAAGAUAAAGCAAAAACACCGAUUGAAAAGAACGAACGAGGGACUGAAACAUCAAGAGAAAGUUACCCUGUAUGCACAACAGAAACAUUUUAAGGAAAAAAAAAUACUUGCAAAUACUUUUCAACCAUUUAUUUUUGGGGAUCAAGAACAAUUUUAUUGUAUAGAACAUAUUUACAUAUCUAGAUCAGUACAUUAAGCACCAAGGCUGUUUAAGCCCUCUUCUCUUGGAAGAGGUGUCCAUACUGCAAACCGGCCAGUAGGACAGAACCAGCGGGAAGUGAGGAUUCCACCCACGGGCUUUCUGGCAGUUCCAGCAUCAACACAGAGAGCCAUGGGUACAACGGAUAAUUGGAUAUUUUAGCACGAAGCGCAUGACAAUUUACCUGCUUGAUGGCUGCUCUGCUGAUUAUGUCAUUCUUAAUAAUAAUUUUCACUUUGUCCCUGGCAUUGGAUAAAUCUAAGACAUAUAUCCUGAUUGGAAUACAGGAAAUCACACGCCCUUCCAGGACCAAGGGGAGUGAGGUCCUGGUUGUGAAUCUUGUGGGGUGGAGUUGGGAACAGAAAGGGGUAAAUAUUUCUUGCAUAAUAUGUUAUAGCUUGAGUGGGGCUGGGUACAUAAGGACUAGUUUUGUACUCUAUGUGUUGGUACUACUUUUUGAUAGUGGUUAAAACAAAUGACACAGUAUCAAUGGGGCACAUUGUACAUUCAGUUGAGGUCAAAGUUAUUUGCUGUUCUACUCAUUGGAGCACUAUAUCUUAUCAAAGUACUUACCUGCACUGUUUAUUCCAUUGCCCUCUUUUCUCUUUCUUUUUUCUUUUCUUUUUGACUGGGAGGUACAGUAGGUGCUGCUGAGUAAGUUGUUGUGGCCCUGGUGGCAAAAUAAAUUGGAGGGGAAAAUGGGAAAUGGAAAAGUGAAUCUCUCGUCAAUGUAGAAUUCUUACUGGCUCAUCCAAUGAAACCCAUACGUUAGAGAUAUGAAAACACGAAUACCUGCAUUCAUUCAAGCUAAAAGCCGAGCACAGACAGGUCAGAUGGGAGGAAACACAACUCAGUGGAAAUCCACAGCAGAUGGGUGCCAGGGAGCAUUGAGUUUGGCUAGGCACAUGAAAAUGCAUUUUUAAAAUUGUUUUAAUUGAUAGCCACGUUGAAUCAAGUCAGGUAUUUAGUUUCAUAGUUAUUUACAGUGACAUGCCAGAGAGUGCGGUGAGAGGAAAGCCCAUACAUACAGUGGAGGGGUUCUAUUAUCUAUAGCCUUAAAUGGCAGUGGAACAAAUUUCCCAAAAUAAUAUGGUUAAAAGUUAAAGCCUUUCAACCUAUCAAGCGAAUUUAGAGGGGGAUUCAGGUUUUUUCUUUACAAA